AUGUCGGAGACCGCUCCCCUGGCUCCCGCCGCUCCCGCCCCCGCGGAGAAGACGCCCGUGAAGAAGAAGGCGCGCAAGCCCGCCGGCGCCGCCAAGCGCAAGGCGUCCGGGCCGCCCGUGUCCGAGCUCAUCACCAAGGCGGUCGCCGCCUCCAAGGAGCGCAGCGGCGUGUCGCUGGCCGCGCUCAAGAAGGCGCUGGCGGCCGCGGGCUACGACGUGGACAAGAACAACAGCCGCAUCAAGCUGGGCCUCAAGAGCCUGGUGAGCAAGGGCACCCUGCUGCAGACCAAGGGCACCGGCGCCUCGGGCUCCUUCAAGCUCAACAAGAAGGCGGCCUCGGGCGAGGCCAAGCCCAAGGCCAAGAAGGCGGGCGCCGCCAAGGCCAAGAAGGCGGCCGGGGCGCCCAAGAAGACCAAGAAGCCCGCGGGCGCGGCCGCGCCCAAGAAGGCCGCCAAGAAGACCCCGAAGAAGGCCAAGAAGCCGGCGGCGGCCGCGGGGGCCAAGAAGGCGGCCAAGAGCCCCAAGAAGGUGAAGGCCGCCAAGCCCAAGAAGGUCGCCAAGAGCCCCGCCAAGGCCAAAGCCGCCAAGCCUAAGGCGGCCAAGCCGCAAGCUGCCAAGGCCAAGGCUACGAAGGCCAAGAAGGUGGCCCCUAAGAAGAAGUGA